GUCAUGGAAAGUCUAUCAGAUGACUUAUGCAUAGUUCGCGCGUUAAGCGCACUACGUGAUCACGAAUGGCUUGGCCAUUGUGGUUGUCCUCGGCGACUUUCCUAAUGAUGCUUUUUACAACAGAUGCCAUAACAACAGCACUUGGGCCGCCUCCAGCUGUUAUGUAUAAGAACGGAAUCGGCCUGGAGCAAGGCGGAGUGUUGCCAGGGGGCGUAAUUUAUGGUCGUUUGUUGGUCUCGUCAAAUGAUCCAAGGGUGACAAACGGAGUGCAGGGCCCAGUGUACCGCACCGUUUGCGACGCACACGAUUUCAGCAACAACGAGGCUGAGACCAUGUGCACGUUACUGGGCUUCGGGUUCGGUCGCAAGUACUAUGGAAGCGACGCAACAGGACGCCCGGGUACCACGGGCCGACCGGUGAGCCACCUCAUUUGCCAUAAUGAGACCAGCACCCACCGCCGAUCCCUGAUGGGUGCUGAUGACCGGGAGGGAUCUUCUUACAGCCGUCAGCAGGGCCACUCCCGCACGUUGACUGAACUAUCCGCCUAUGUCAACCUGCCAAAGUCAAGCGGAUUUGUGUGUACAAUUGACACAGUUAGUACAUGCCCUGCCAUCGCCCCUCUGGCUGCUGUGCAGUGCUCAAACAAGCCCCUCCCUCCCGAACCCUCACCGCCCCCCAGCUCGCCUACUGCCCCGCCGCCCAAGUCCAGCUACCUGCGCAUGUACGGCGGUAACGGUUACUACGACGGCACCCGCCUGGAGCGCAACAUCUGCAACAAAACUCUAAAUGAAGAUUGCCGCUAUUGGGGGCGGGUGGAGGUGCAGGUUGCCGGUGCGGGCGGCAAGCCGGUUUGGGCGCCCCUGUGCGCCCCCAAGUCCACCCUUAGGAUGGAUAUUGAGCAGCUGGUGUGCCUCCAGAUGUAUGACUGGGAUCCUGUUGCUGACAGACUCCGAGGUGUUUUGUCAGGCUACUCGUCCACACCCAUAAGUAUCCCCUCAGGCAAGUUUGUAAGCAAGGCGGGCAACUUCAACCCCGCUCAGUACACUCGUUGGGCUACCGUUAUUGGCGGCAACAUCACCACGGCUAAUAAAAUCCAAGACUUACAACUCAAGGUUACUGCUGCUCGGUGCUCCACGGGUGCCAUGCUGGCCGUGCACUGUAGCAUGUUGGUGGCUGAUUGACUUGUUUUUGUUAAGUGGAUACGACAUUGCAGGCGCUGCGACUCAUGCGCUGGAUGACUGGUUGCGGGCGGUUCCAUAGGGGCUGUCUUGGAAACGUAUGUAGCUACGGGUACUCGUAAAGAGUGCAUCAAUCUAGUUUCAUUUCACAACGAGUAUAGUCCCAUGUUACAUACAACUGACGUUUUGUGUUCUUGGUUGUUAUAUUAUGUAGCCCGGGCAGCAUGGGAGCAGCAGCCGUUUGCAGGAGACAGGUGUUUUUCUGAACGGUACCUGCUGCCAGGAUUUACUCUUCAUCGUAAGGAAUGGCCGAUUGCAACCAAUCGAGCAUGUUCCCGUUAAUGCGUGUAACCAGG